CUCUAAAACUAUGGCGAGGGAGGAGCGAGAGAAACAGUUCUGAUGUUUUGUCGACCAUGGCCACCACGCCCACCCCUGCGCAACUUAGCAGAAGCCCGUUCAAUUCAGCUUUCUCCCGUUCUCGUUUCCCAUAUUCAAACUCGUUAAGGAGGAAGAACGCUACACCGGUGAGGUGCGCAUUGUCCCCCCAGGAAUGGCGGGAAAGUAGGCGAUUGGUCUCCAUCUCUCUUAUGCUUUUCCACUGCCUCUCUUUACCUAAACAUGCUCUUGCUGGCAAUAUUUUCGACAAAUAUGUGAAAAGGAAGAAGCUUGAUCCACUGGACGCUUAUGUGCCUGCUAUUAUAUUGACUCAAUUACAGAUAAAGGACUUGGUGAAAACUCUGGAAGUUGAUCAGCCCCAAUAUGCAGCCUGUCGGUCGCUGCUACGCUAUGGCCCUGCAGCAUCACUUCGUGUGAAUAUUCGAGCUGUGGCUCAAUACGCAUCGGACAGUGGCAAUGGCAAAACUGCUUUCAAUGAUGUUGAUCAAUGUCUGAGAGCGCUGGAGGAACUUGAUUCCUUGCUUCUGCAAGCGUCAAGAAGCAAUCCGGGAGCCUCAGUUGAAACAAUGAAGGCAAAGAUUGGUGUUGCCCUUGAUGCAUUGGACAGCCUUCUCCAAACUGUCCCUUCUGACAUUCUAGACAAAGGGAAGGCCAUAGCUGAUGCCUAUAGGACCCCAGACGAAGAUGCGGAUCCUGAAAACUUGGACCCAGAUAUGAAGCAGUUGGAAUCAAUAUUAUGAACACAGGGCCUUUUCUCUUUCCUUUUUCUAUUCCCCUAACAUACGGAUGAGUAGAACAGCAGAUUGUAAUAUGAUCAACAAUGUACAAGAUGUCUUUGUAAGUAUUUGCUUUCCUAUACAGCAUCUAUAGUCCUCUAUGGGUAUCUUUUGUAGUCCCUAUCCACCAUUAUCAGUCCAUCAUAUCAUUAAUCAGAA